CGUAUAUCGUAACAACCACGAGAGAGCGCAUUCUUGAUACCCUCCCAAAAUGCCCAAAAUCGCAGCCCUUCAUGGCAUCUCAAACAUUUACUCAAAGCACAAGCCUCCCGGGCAUGCAACCCCUCGCAAACGGGCCCACAAGCGCGAGCAUGCCUGGGUCGACGUCUCCGACGACGAUCUCGAGGUGAAAUCAUCAAAGAAGCUCUCUUCCAAGGGCACCAAUAAAUCCGACCAUGGGCCUCGCAAGAAAGCUCGUCUGUCUGCUCCUCCUGGACCCUCUUUUAAGGAGUCGCUUCACCAACAGCGCAAACAGCUUCCUAUAUACUCUGGCAAGGACGCCGUCGUCGAUAUGAUUCGUGAAAACGAUGUCACUGUCCUCAUCGGCGAGACUGGUUCAGGCAAGACAACUCAGGUUCCACAGUACUUGCUCGAGGCUGGACUCUCCGGUUCUGGCAUGAUCGCAAUUACCCAGCCCCGCAAAGUCGCUGCUACAUCCCUUGCCUCUCGCGUUGCGUCCGAACAAUCCACGUCUGUCGGCUCUCUCGUCGGCUACUCCGUUCGUUUCGACGAGGCCUGUUCUUCCGACACCCGCAUCAAGUAUGUCACCGACGGUAUGCUCGUACGUGAGCUGCUCGGAGAUCCUCUCCUCUCUCGCUAUAGCGUCGUCAUCGUCGACGAGGCACAUGAACGUACCCUUCGCACCGAUCUCCUCCUUGCCAAUCUCAAGACACUUUUGCGGACACGCAAUGCGCCUACCUCUGCGGUCCGUGAAGGGGCCAAGGGUAAGGGCAAGGAAAGGGCUUCCGAGAAGCUCAACCCCCUCAAGGUCGUGAUCAUGAGUGCAACGCUUGAAGCCGAAAAGUUCAGCAAGUUCUUUGGCGGUGCGCAGGUCGUGUACGUGAAGGGUCGACAACACCCGGUCACAAUUUACCACACCAAGACGAGUCAGCCGGAUUAUGUAGAUGCUGCCUUUCGGACGUUCUUCCAGAUACACACCGAUCGGCCCUCUGGGGAUGUCCUCAUAUUUCUGCCGGGUCAGGAGGAUAUCGAGUCUUUAGAAAAGUCCAUACAGUUAUACGCCAAUCAGCUACCUAAGGACGCCUCGGGGGUACUCGUUUGUCCUAUGUAUGCGGCGUUACCGCCCAGUCAGCAAACCAAGAUAUUUUCACCUACGCCAGCCGGUAUGCGCAAAUGCAUCUUAGCGACAAACAUCGCUGAGACGUCUAUCACCAUCCCUGGGGUCAAGUACGUGAUAGACACCGGCAAAUGCAAAGAGAAGCGAUAUCUUGCCAAGCAUACCGGCACAGGUUUUGAUACUCUGUUGACAAGAGACAUCACUCAGUCGUCCGCCGUACAGAGAGCAGGCCGUGCAGGCCGCGAGGGCAAAGGCUUCUGUUUCAGAUUGUACACCGAGGAAGCCUUCAACGCGCUCCCCAUCACAGCCGAACCUGAAAUUCUUCGGUGCACGCUAACCUCGAGCGUCCUGCAGCUCCGGUGCCUUUCCCAAAACCUCGAGGAACUGGACCUCAUGGACACGCCCGAGGAAUCGUCCAUCGCAUUCGCCCUGAUAGCCCUCGUGCUCCUCGGCGCGCUCGACAACCGCAGAUCACUGACGCCCCUCGGGCGCAAAAUGGCGGCGUUCCCGCUCGAGCCGCCCCUCGCCCGCGCGCUGCUCGCGGCCCCCGAGCUCGGCUGCACGUCCGAGGUGCUCGCGAUCGUCUCGGUGCUCUCCUCGUCCUCGAGCCUCUUCGUGAACUCGCACGACGCACGGGACGCCGCGGCCGACGCGCGCCGCAAGUUCCGGCACCCCUCCGGGGACCACCUCACGAUCCUGAACGUCGUGCGCGCGUACGAGGACGUCGCGGGGGCCGAGAGCAAGGCGGGGCGGCGGGACUGGUGUCGCAAGAUGUUUCUGAACGAGCGCUGUCUUGCCGAGGCCGUGAACAUCCGCGCGCAGCUGCGCGACGUGUGCGAGCGGCAGCAGAUCGACUGGCGGGUCGGCGUCGGCGACAGCCAAGGGGCCGAGAGCGCCAUCCUGCGCGCGAUGGUGCAGGGGCUGGUGCAGAACACGGCAUUCUUGCAGCCGGACGGGUCCUACAAGCAGGUCAUGGGCCACACUAUCUUGAAAAUCCACCCAAGCUCGUCGCUUGUAGAUAAGAAAGUGCCGGCGAUUAUAUACGACGAGCUCGUAUACACCACACACAUCUACGCCCGGGGAGUGUCCGCCGUACCGAGGAACUUCAUCGCCGAGGUUCCGUUGUUGAAGCAGCGGACACGCUGAAGCCGGCCUCCGUCGGUCCGCCGCAGAGUCAGCAGGGCUUUGAAUGCGAUAGCCACAGUCGUUUGGACACGCCAUCUAUUCCUGUUCACAGCGCAUCCACUCUGUUCGCCGGAUUUCGAUUGAGGCGCACAUGGCUCGCUCGUGCUACACCCGACCUCAUCGCGCAAUAGAUAGCGUCAUAUGGACACGUGGGAUACGCAACUUCUCAUCUUAACCCGCCGUCAGAGUGAAGCGUACCAAACAAAGUUGCGAGCAUACAGUGCCUGCCGAUUGACGCAGCCGGCAAGCACUAGGAUACAUUUCGCAGUUUGACGGGUUACAUUCGCCGCCGUUCUGUUGGUUCGCGGAGUGCCAGACCAUUUGCGGAACCAUAAAAGUUGCAUAACACGAUAAGGCAGUCCAAAAGACGACUCACUUCCCGCAGACGCGAGAUUUCCGGGAAGGCGCAGCAGGGUCGAUGUUUUCAGUGGCUCUCAACGGGCAUGUCGUGAGACUCAUCCGCACGCCGUCCUCAUCCUACUAUCAAUACAUCAUCUCAAGACUUCUACGAAUACUCGUUGCCCUUUAGGUUGCGAUCUACGGUGAUCGGAGGCCUGGGAAGGGCUCCACUGGGCACUCCUUGGAGAUUAGAUUCGUUUCUACCUUCGUUUCGAGGACUUGGAGGCUACACAACUGGCAUGUACAUGGUCGAUCCAGAUUUUGGCUCAGAGAGGACGGAAGAGCUCGCGCC